GACCUUUUUCCCAUAAAGGAUGUGAAAUAAUAGAGAAUCUUCUUGUUCUUUAGCUUGCUCAGGCUCCACCCAAUUCUGUGAUUUGUGCUCGUCCCUCUCAGAUUGGGGAGAGAUCGGACAGUGAAUGUUCAGAAAAAUUAUCACCAGACUCAAUUGAUUCUCCGACCCCUGCUAUUCCCUCUAUUCCAAUUGAGGAUUUCCAGUUCUGCGAGUGGCUUGGCAGUGGAAGCUUUGGACAAGUCUUUAAGGCAGUACAUAAAAAGUCUGGAAAAACGGUCGCCAUCAAAAAGAUGGAAAAGAAAAAUAUUUUGCAAAGUCAUAUGAUUAACAGACUUUACCUGGAAAGGGACAUAUUAAGGCUGGUGAGGAUUAGAAGGAACCCUUUCCUGGUGAGCUUAUUCUGCUCCUUCCAGAGAGAACACCAUGUAUACAUAGCCAUGGAGUUUGCUGCUGGAGGAAAUUUGGAAUCCCGGUUGAAGAACGGAGCACUGCCCCCAAGCGACACUUUAUUCUAUGCCGCCUGCAUCGUCCUUGGGAUUAAGUUUUUACAUGAAUAUCGCAUUGUCCACCGAGAUUUAAAGCCUGCAAAUAUUGUCCUAGACAGUGAUGGAUAUGCCAAAAUUGCAGAUUUUGGGUUGUGCAAAGCAGGUAUUGGCUACAGAGAUGAAAUGACCUACCCAUGUGGAACGGAGUGUUACUGGGCUCCAGAAAUGUUUGCAGAAAGAAACUACAGGAGAAGCGUGGACUGGUGGGCUUUAGGCAUAAUCAUCUAUAAAAUGGCCGUUGGCUACGUGAGUAUAAAGCCGUCACUAAUAAUCCCAUUAGGUUCUACAAUGCUGUCUAUUUACUUUAUUCUAUUGAAGAGACUCAAAUUGUAAAGAUCUCACUCUGCUCCAUCACCCGCCCAGACCCGCUCCCUGCUUGAAAUAUUGGCUCUGCCGGGUGAAGGAAACAGUGGGCACGGGGGUCCCGAGGGGGUUUGUGGCUGGAGGGGGCACAGAAUACUUUUUGACUGGGGGCCCAGAGGUUUUUUUAUUGGGUUCCUGAAGCAACAGGACCAGUGGUUUCUGGGUCCCCCAGUCCAAUGUUGUGUUCCAGUGAAAUAUUCCAUAAAAUCUCUUUCAAUUUCCCAGUCAAAUUGCCAUUAGAAUUUCACUAAUAACAACUCCUGCCCUGGAGUAAUACCGUCGUUCUUUUCUCAGAAUACCCGAGUUCCUGACUUGAUAUCUUUCUAUUUUUGCAGGUGCCUUUUACCGGAAAUAAUUUGAGAGAAUUGCGGGAAAAUGUCUUCUAUGAAGAACCCGAACUUCCAGCCAAUCUGGAUAAUGAAACCAGUAUGGUGAUAAAACUGCUCUUAGACAAAGACUGUAUAAGCCGGCUCGGAUCACUUAGAAACGAUGGAGAAGAAGUGAUGAAUUGUAGCUACUUUGAUCCAAUAAUGUGGGAAGCUCUUAUGGCCAAGCAAGUGCGAGCCCCAUUCAUCCCUAGCCCGGAUGAUACUAGAGAAGAGGACAGUGAGGGGGGGAUUGUAACCCCCCAUGACUCUAUGUCCCAAAUAUCCCCAACUGCACAAAAGGCCUUCAGAGGAUUUGAUGAGUUCCCUGAAAACUCCUGAAACUGAUGCCAACGAUGUACUGACGGAAAAUGAGCAAAACUCCUAGAAGCCAGAAGAAUAUUUAUGUUUUUAUACAGCUUUUUCAUUUAUAUAUCUAUUUUUAUACAAAAGGUUUUAUAUAUUUAUACAUAUAUUUUUAUAUCUAUUUUUAUGAAACAUGUGUAAAACCAAAUAGAUGUUUAUAAUAAAAGCAAUAAACUAUUAGAAGUGUGUGGAAUGGUUAUUGUUAGAUGGUUGGUUGAAGCUGUGAGACUUCAUUACAUGAGUCAGUCAAUGCAGGAGGCAGGUGAGGAGUAAGUGUAAAUAAAUCAGGGGUGUAACUGCAGAGGAGGGGGGACAGGAGAGUAGUGGGACCAGCAUGGCCCUAAUUAAUGAGACAUCUUGUUGAGUUUAGUACAAUUCACCAAUAUUCCGGGGCCCUAAUUCGGAUUUGCUGUGGGGCCCAGGAACAUCCAGUUACAUCACUGAAUUUGUAAGAGGGUGAACCAAAUGUUGUAAUUGAUUUGUGGUUGAAAGU